AAAAAAAUAUAUAUAUAUUUGCAGUUGCUUUAGCAGUUGAUGUGAAAAGCUUCAUCAUUUGGUUUAGAGUUGUUACCAGUCAACAGUCAACAGUCAACAAUUAUAGAUGUGGUCCCCAUUUUACUUGCUACCCAAUCCCAAUGUCACCAAUGUAGUUUCCCCGAAAUUCCAGAUCUCAGCUCCCUAUAACUUCCCUUUGACCAUUACCGACAACUCUUUUUCUUCUGGGAAAAUGGCAGAAGCACUUGUUUCUGCAAUUAUAGAGCAGCUAGUAAAUGUUGUUGCUGAAUAAAGUUGAAUUGUAUGGUUAAUCGCCCAUCAAUUUUCUUUCCCUAAUCAAUCAAUUAAUCUCUCUCUCUCUCUCUCAAAAUGGCCGAAGCACUUGUUUCUUCCAUCUUGGAGCAACUUACAGCUAUCACCAUUGAGAAUGCGCGGCAAGAGCUGAAGUUGGUGACAGAUGCUGAUGUCGAAAACCUUGAAAGCAAUUUUAAGGCCAUCCGCGAUGCGGUUGAAGAUGCAGAGGAAAAGCAAAUUGUGGAGAAAAACGUGAAAGGUUGGUUAGAUAAGCUCAAAGAAGUGUCUUAUGACAUGGAGGACGUGUUGGAUGAGUGGAGGACUGCACUCUCCAAGUUACAAACAGAUCCUGAAUUAGAUGUAAGUGCUUCUAUUCCCAAGAGGUUGAAAACUUCCUUAAUUUCAUGGGUUUCUUCUUUUUGUCAAGUUCCUAGGCAUCAUGACAUUGCUAUCAAAAUAAAAGGAAUCAAUGAAAGGCUAGAUCACAUUGCUAAGGAGAAAGAUAGAUAUCAUUUGACAAAAAGAGAAACCAAACAAUUUAGACGAGUAGAGAGCACAUCUUUUAUUGAUGUGUCCAAGUUACAUGGUCGAGAUGAGAUUAAAAAAGAGAUAGCGGAGAAAUUGUUGAAUGGGACUAGUGAAGAAGGCUGCAUUCAGACCAUCUCUCUAGUAGGGAUGGGAGGGAUCGGAAAAACAGCUCUUGCUCAAUUGAUUUUUAAUGAUGAUCAAGUUCAAGCACACUUCCACGAUGUAAUUUGGGUGUGUGUCUCGGACACUUUUGAUCAAAACAAAAUUGCGAGAGCAAUAUUAGAAGGCCUCGAUCAAAAUUCACCUACCAACCUCCGAAAUACAAGUCCCUUACAACAUGUUCUGACCAAAAUUUGUGAAAAAAUCAAAGGUUCAAAAUUCUUGCUUGUUUUAGAUGAUGUGUGGACAGACCAUGAUGAAAAGUGGGAGCCACUAAAAGCUGCUCUUCAACAAGGCACGUCUGGAAGUAGGAUUUUGGUGACUACUCGUAUAGAAUCAGUUGCCACUGGGAUGGGAUCCUCUCAAUCUCAAGUGUUUCGUUUGAAGGAAUUAUCUGAUGAAGUUUGCUGGUUAAUACUUAGUCAAUUGGCCUUUGUGGGAAAGGGAAAUGAGUUGCGUGAAAACUUGGAGGGUAUUGGAAGGGAAAUAGCAAAGAAGUGUAAAGGUUUACCACUUGCUGCUAAGACUCUGGGAGGUUCAUUGCGGGAGAAAAAUACUAGGAAUGAGUGGCAAAUUAUACUUAACAGUGAGAUAUGGACAUUAAAUGUUGCACAAGAAUACAUUUUCAAACCUCUCUUGCUAAGUUAUUAUGAUUUGCCCUCACAAGUAAGAUCAUGCUUAUUGUAUUGUGCAAUCUUUCCCAAAGAUUUUAGUUUUUGGCCUACUGAAUUAAUUAAGGUUUGGAUGGCACAUGGUUAUCUAAAGUCUAAGGAGAGUUCAGGGAUGGAAGAAGAAAAAGGUGGUGAGUACUUCAACUACUUAGCAUCUCGUUCUUUUUUCCAAGAUUUUCAUAAAGAUAGUCAUGGCAAAAUAAUUGUAUGUAAGAUGCAUGACAUGGUACAUGAUUUUGUCCAAUAUUUGACAAAUGAAGAAAUUGUGGGAGUGGAGGUUGACAGCAGUGAAAAUGUGAGGCUGGAUUUACCUUCCAAAAGGAAUCAUCAUUUGAGGGUAAAUAUUGCAGAAGGGGGUCAAUUUCCUGUGUCUAUAGAAUGCAUAGAGAAACUACGGAGCCUUGUAGCUGAUGGUGAAACGUGUGAUGUAACUGGUGAAGCCUUGCAAGCCUUCUUCAAGGGAGCGAAACGUCUAAGAUUAUUGGAUUUUUGCAUGGGUAAUGUGCGUUCUUGCGCAAAUGUAAAAGAAAUUCCAGAUGAAAUAGGGAUGUUAAUUCAUUUGAGAUACCUUAAUUUGGGUUGCUGUGAGACUUUAAAGGAAUUGCCCGAAGUAGUGUGUGAACUGCAUAAUUUGCAAUACUUGGAUCUCUAUGGAUGUAUAAAUCUUGAGAAACUACCAGAAGGUAUAGGGAAAUUGAUCAAGCUGAGGUAUCUUGGUACUGAUGGUUGUAAGAGCCUAGAAUACUACCCAAAAGGGAUUGGGAGAUUAACUUCUCUGAGGCAUUUAACCAGAGUCAUAGCGAGAGUAGAUGGCAAUCACGCCAAAGAAUUCAGUGUUGGAGAUCUGGAAAACCUGAACCUCCUUCGUGAAUAUCUUUAUAUGGAAGUGGUGGGAAAUGUGCUAGAUGUGGAAGAGGCUAAGAGAGCCAAACUUCACGAAAACGAACAUCUCAACUGUCUGAUUAUAUUAGACAUAGGGCAUGGACCGCGUGUUCGCGAGGAAGACUAUAUUCAAGCCUUAAACGCACAUCCUGGCUUAUCCAUAGAGUUAGCAUGGGCGCCGGGAGUAUACAUGCAAGACUGAAGCAGAGGAGCUGUUAUCCAUGGGAAGAAGAAGAGAUGAUAGGCUUCUACCUCUUCUGUGCUUGUGUAUAUUAAAAUAAUAAUAAUAAUAAUAAUAAGUAUUAUGUGAUUGUUUAAAACUCUGUAAAAACCUAUUGUGUGUCUAUUGCUGUCCUUGGUCCCUCCUUGUGUUCUUGUUGUUUGUAUGGAUUUAUUGUGAGAUCGUUAACUUGCAAUGCAUUAUUAUAAUGUAUGGACUAAUUUAUGUUUAAUAUUAGUG